AUGAAUGAAACUGAGGAUUACCGCUAUACCUUGAAUGAUAACGAUAUCAAUGAAAAUUUUGUGUGUCCAUAUAAUGAUAGAAAAGUGAUUGAUAGUUCUGCAGAUACCCUGCAAAAGUCUGCAGAACAAAUUUCAAGGAAGAUAUACGGCCUAGAGCCCUAUUCCAUAAAGAGGACGUCACUCUCUAACGAGAAUAUCGUGGCCAUUUUUCAUCACAAUCAACAAAUAUACAUUUUUCGGGUAUCAUACGCUCUGAGAAUUAGUAAGGACGGAGUUAAAAAAGUUCACAGUUUUGGCGAAGAUAUUUUAAAGGUUAAGUACUUAAGGCAUACUCGUGUAUUUCUGAUCUACUGUGAAAAAUCAGACACAAUAUUUCUUUCACUGGAUUUUGAUUAUACAAUCCCUCCCAACAGUUCAGUCAAAAGAAAAAUAAGGACUGAUGUCGUUGUGGGACCAUCUUAUUUUGAAAUCAUAGGAUAUCAAGCUAAUUAUUGUACAUGGAGUGACAUGAUUUACAAAGCUACAAGAACUACAGUGAAUUCGAUAACCAAUAUCUACUUAAAUGAGAAAAAUUGCGGCUUUGAGGCAUAUUAUGUUUCUCCAGAGCAGAAUGCUGAGGACAAGUUAAUGUGUACAUACAUAACAAAGAAAGGAACUACCAAUACGGAAAGCAAGAUGUCGAUUAUUGAGCCGUGUGCAAAAGUGAUUACAAAGGUGACAGACUCUAUUUUUGCUAUAGGGGGCAGCCAUUUGUUCAUAGUCGAUCUGCUUAAAAAGACUCAAAGAGAAAUUCCACGGAUUAAAGCUAUAGUUUCGAUUUGCGCAUUAAAUAGUUCUAAGAUAUUAGUAUGUGACGUGGAAUCUCAGUAUUAUGUUGUCGAUGUUGACAAUUUCACAAGAAGGUUGCUUGUAGGCCAUAUUUCUUCUAUGGAAAGCAUGCAUUUGUUUGGAACAGAAAUAUUGGCCUGGAACCCAAUUUUUGGAGGCCAUCACCAACCAUACUUUUUAAAUGUGGAUUAUGAUGCUGGAACAAUUGAAUACAGGUGUGUUCUACCAACACAUGAAGAAGAAGUUCCAACUCUCAGUAAUAUCACUGAAUUUGGCGAUAUGCGUACAAUUUUUUCUAAGGGGAGACAGGUAACACUGAUAGAGGAUUGCUGGCAUUCUCAUUAUUUACUUGCUCAAAAAGGGCCUGCAUGUGUUGUCAGUGAAAUUAAUAUUGAGGCACAAUCGAUCUGUCUUGGAAUUUUUGAUGGGAAGGUUUUAGUUUUCGAGAAUCAAACUGAACACACAUUUUUUGGGGUGACCUGUGAUGAAGAGCCAAGUGUCACUUUUCAAAUCAAAAUUAGACAUCAUUCGAAAAGAGAUAACAUUUUGAAAAUAUCAGGUCACUUAUGUGUGUCAAGAUAUUCAAUUUCUUGGUUGACGAUGGAAUCUGAAGAUUCUUUUUAUCUUGAACAUUUGGUUAGAUUUGACAAAUCGAUUGAGCUUUUUGAUACUCAAGAUAACUCCUUUUUGGCGCUAUGUCAGAAAACGAUAUAUAUGGGAAUUUACAAUGGAAGUUGUACAACAGUAUAUAGUAUUCCAUUCUUUUCGGAAAUCGAACGUUUAAAAAUAAUCAAAGUGACAGAUAACAACAUUCAAGCACUAGUAAGUUAUUCUUCGAAACAUGCAAUCGAUCAUGUUAUAUUCAACAAAAAUAUGAAAUAUUGCAGGCAUCAGCAAUUUUAUCUUCCGACGAGUGCGAUGGACAUCAUUGCGUUGAACCAAACGGUAAUUGUGAUAAGUGGAUUUGAUAAAAAAAUAUAUGUUUUUCUCAUGAAUAAGCAGGAGGCAUAUCUAAUACAACCUAUGACAACCCGUUUAGAGAGUCUAAUGAAAAUAAGCGACGACAUAUUUAUCGGAGUACAUUCAACGGGGUCGUACUGCUUUAGUUUACUAAUGGGAGAGAUACAGUGGUUACAGAAUUUUCCUAUCUUGGGAAUUUCAAACAUCAUUCAGGCUUUAAAAGUUGGCGGUAGGCAAAGUAAUAAAGUGGCAUACCUAAAUGCUUUCUCUCAGUUGAAAUUCGUGGGAGUGUCGACAUCUAUACACGCAAUGUUGGGAUUUAUGAGAUACAAUUGCUCUAGAAUUUACAUAACUCAUUCAGAUACAAAGAGUUUCAUCCUAUUGGGUCAUGAUGAUGGGCGACUACUUCUUUUGGAUUACGAUACAUUAGAGUUGAUAUCAUCUAAAUUUAUCGAUAAUUAUAUUGAUUUUAAUAUUAUCCGGGACCGUGGUGAACCUGCAUGUGAAAUGUUGAUGGAUGUAUAUGUACUGGCCAUUUCAAAGAGAAAUAAUACUGAAUUGGUUGAACUCUUUAGGAUCGACUUGAAUGGUCAUUGGAUCGGAGUAGCACACCAGCGAGGAAUAAACAUGUUUAAUAAAUUUAUUGGCAAUACCGAAGUAAACCCUGUUAUUGCAAAUUCGGAAAUGGUCUACUUUUCUACUCUGACUGAUGAAAUUUGGGCAAUUCAACUAUUUUAUGAUUACAAUAUUUCUGUUUCGAAGGUUUAUGAAAUGUCAGCAGCCUUUUUUGACCUUCAAGAAAUUUUGAACCGUGAUGCUUUAUAUCCUGGUUUGACAGACUGGAUAGCAGAACGGAGAUUACUAUAUCGUAUGAUGAGCACGGAUGAAAGCGAUGAUAUUGAAUUUGCCAGAAAGUUUCUUCAUUUGUUCGAAAGUGCCAAUGAAUACAAUUGGCCAACUGAAAAUAAAUACAAUUCAGACCGUACUUCUGAUAUAGAAUCGUUCGAAACAAACCAUUUCUUCAGAGAAGAUGGUAGACUAUACUCCGCCACGCAACACUUUUUUGAAGUUAAAAGGACGUCAGGACGUAGGCUUUUGGUCACACUGAAGGAAAUAGAAGAUAUAGGUAAGGACAGAUCUAAUUAUAUAUAA